UUUCUUUCUUCCUUUUUUUUUUUUUUUUUUUUUUUUUUUUUUUUUAUAUAUACCGUCAUGAAGGGAUCGGACGAAGAUCAUCAAGAAAAGAAUAAGCGACCCAUCUUUUCAAAGUAUGCAAUAAUACCACAUACGACUCCUGUUGAUAAAAACUUGAUUGUAGAAAAAGCCAAAUUUGAAUCAUCAUCGGGAUCCAAUCUGCAACAAUUACCAACUACAAGUAUAUCCACACCCACUGUUGUGCCUAACCAUGAGCAAAAGGAAGAAUCAACUACUAAAUCUCCUCCUUUGACAACUUCCGUUACUUUACCCAUGGUAGCUACAAUUCAAUCGUUAAGUGGUGCCUCUACUCCGGCUGCUUCCAUGAUUAGUGCCAUGCCAAGUCAAAGUACACCUUUAAUGCCAAAGCCAAAGCCAAAAGUUGAAGAUCGUCGUACUAUCAAAAGAAAGAAAAUGCCUCCCAUGAGUGGCACUGCUACUCCUUCAGAGGUUUUUCAUCGAAACUUGGUAGACGCUGUGUCUAAUGUUGAAGACUCGGAUGAAAAUGAGCAAUAUGUUUAUCCUUACAGUGGUAAUAAUACAGAUACAACUUACCAUGUGAAUUCAACAGAUACCAUUCAUCGCACAACAUCUUCCCUUUAUCGACCACAAUCCACUCGCUCAUUUAUUAAUAUCCAGCAGGACUUAUUAUUGCCUGCAAAAAAGACUGGUUUUUUAGGUGAAUUUUUAAGACCAAUUCUGUUUAAAAACAAAUCUGAUUCCAGGGCUAUUUUACAACAACAAAGAACAAGCAGUAGUGGUGAUGAGCAACUGAACAACAGGCCUAAAUUAAGAAACUAUGUGAUGGACCAUCCUUUCAACAGCCAAUCUAAACUAAACAGUAGUGGUGAAUGGCUAGAUAGUGGCAGCCCUCCUCAUCAUAGCAGAAGAAAUACCAAAAAACUAUAUUCAAAUUAUCUUGUGGGUGAUGGUGGCUAUACCACUGAUGAUGAGGAAGCUCAACAUUUACUAUCACCUAGGAGAUCACCAGAACGACAUCGUAAAUCAUAUAGUACAUGCUCUCGUCUAAUACGAAAUUUUCUGAUAACUGUUUUGGCUAUUGUUGUUCUUUUAAUGAUCUGUAUAGCUUAUCUUGCAAAACCUCUUGUGGAUUUGAAUGUGGAGAUGGGAAGGGUCUUGUCUUCUGAUAAAGAGCUUAUAUUUGAUCUUCAUAUCAACGCACUAAACUCAAAUUUCUGGACCGUGCAUGUGGCUGAUGCUGAUAUCAGUGUAUUCGCGUUUAGUCAGGUUGUACCUAUGUUAAAGAGUGACGAUCCAGAUAUUCGUGGUGUGGACCCUGCAGAGUAUUUGGGUGGAUUCUAUCAUUUCGAUGAGCCUCUAUCUUUUAGUACGUCAUUCUAUUCCAAAGAGCCUGUUACAGCCAUUAGUCAAAUCCGAAUUAAAUCCCCUGGUGCGGACAAGAGCGGAAAUGAAAGAUGGUCACGUAUUAUUCGUUACCCUUAUGGCUUAGUUGUAAGAGGAGUCUUGAAGUAUAAGCCUCUACCUUUUUUAAGCCCUCAAAGUGUUGCCAUUUGUGAUGUUGUACGUGUGGAUCCGACCACUGGAAAGGUCUCUGAGGAUCCAGACCAAGGUUUUUGCCUCAGCUAUAAUAGUUACCAAACUACACUCACCACCCCAAUAAUAACACUUGUAAAUGAUACCAUUGAUGCUCUUUCUCUUUAGCUUUUUCAUCACUUAAACCCCACCCCUAUUUUUUCCCCCCUUACCCUUUAAUCAACUCCCCC